AAACAACCACGUUACACAUAUUUACUAAGGAACUGGUUCUAAAAUCACCAUGUCUGAGGAACAGGCCAAGUCUGCAUCGAGGGAAGAACCUCCUGUUCCAGAAGGACCAGACUCUCCUUCAUCCAGUGGUGUCUCUAUAAAAAGUGAACAAUCCAGUGAUGCUCCCGUUGAAGGAGUGGGACACACAGGCUCUCCUGAAGAACCAGCCUCCUCACCUUCUACCUCCGCCAGUGGAUCAUCGACAGUCGAUCAGCCCAAGGGUAAACAUCAGAAACCUGAGGUGACAGACCAGCAGAAGAAGAAGCUGAUAUCAGCCCUACAGGAAAGAUACAAAAAUAACCUUCCAGGUGGAGACACAAGCCAUCGUAACCAGAAAGGCACAGAACACAUCAUUAGAGAUGACAAAAAACCUGAGACAUUCACUCAAGUCAGUAAAAUAUCAGAAAUCUUCAAAGAAACAGAAGGACAAAAACUACGAACUGUGCUGACUGUUGGAGAGACUGGGAUUGGAAAAUCCUACCAUGUACAGAGAUUCCUCAAAAAGUGGGCUGCUGGGAAGUCAGGGUGGACACGGUUAACAUCUUUUUUGGGCACACACAAGGAUGAUGAAGAAAUUAUUUUUCUUCUUAACAUCUCUAAGCUUACUUCAUUGAAAAAGAGAGAGCUGUCUUUAGUUGGACUUCUUCAUCAUCUCUACCCAGAAGUGGAAAAAUGUAAAAUCUCUGACAUUGGACAGCUCAACGUCCUGUUAGUCCUGGAUGGACUGGACGCUCUUCAACCUCCCCUUGACUUUGACAACACCAAAACCUUAUCUGAUGUCCAGCAGUCAGCCUCAGUGGAUGUGUUACUGACAAACCUCAUCAGAGGAAAUCUGCUUCCUUCUGCAAGACUCUGGAUCACCUCUCAACCUUCAGCUGCCAGGAAGCUGCCAGAUAAAUGUGUUCACAGAUGGACAGAGAUAAGAUGGACAGACCAGCAGAAGCUGAUAUCAGCCCUAAAGAAAAGAUACAGAGAAGGCUUUCCAGGUGAAGACACAAGCCAUCGUAACCAGAAAAGCACAGAACACAUAAUUAGAGAUGUCAAAACACCUGAGACAUUCACUCAAGUCAGUAAAAUAUCAGAAAUCUUCAAAGAAACAGAAGGACAAAAAAUCAGAACUGUGCUGACUGUUGGAGAGACUAAGAUUGGAAAAUCCUACCAUGUGCAGAAAUUCAUAAAAGAGUGGGCUGCUGGGAAGUCCGUAUUGACACGGCUUCUACCUUUUUUGGGCACAUCCAAAGAUGAUGAAGGAAUUAUUAUUCUCUUUGACAUGUCAAAGCUUGAUUCCUUAAAAGGAAGAGAAUUCUCUUUUGUCGAACUUCUUCGUCAUCUAUACCCAGAAAUGAAUACAUAUAACAUCUCUGACUUUGAAAAGCUCAACACCCUGUUAGUCCUGGACGGACUGGAUGCUCUGAAAUCUGAUCUGGGCUUUGACAACAAUGACAUCGUAUCUGAUGUCCAGGAGUCAGCCUCAGUAGAUGUGUUACUGACAAACCUCAUCAGAGGAACUCUGCUUCCUUCUGCUCAGCUCUGGAUCACCUCUCAACGUCCAGCUGCCAGGAAGCUUCCUGUUGAAUUUGUUCACAGAUGGACAGAAAUAAGAGACAAAGGAAUAAACAAGCUACUAACUGAAGAGCUGAAGAAGAAAAACCUCAGUCAGCAUGAACGCAAACUGAAAGAACUUGACACUGACACAGAACUCUAUCAGAUUUAUGAAGACAUAGAUGACCAAAAUAUAAUAUCUUCGGACGAAUUGUUCCAAGAUUCAGGAGAAAAAAAGACACGUUCAGUGCUGACGAAAGGAGAGCCUAAAGUUGGAAAAACAUACCAAACACUGAGGUUCAUGGUGGACUGGGCAAAAGGAGAGGUGUACCAGAACAUUGACUUUAUAGUACCACUUGAUCUCAGUGAGCUGAAUUCAGAAAAACACCAAAAACGUACCAUGAAAGAUCUGCUUCAUCGUUACCUCAAUCCCAGUAACAACCAAGGAGUUCUCUAUUAUGAUGAGUGUAAACUACUUUUCAUUCUUGAUGGUUUGGAAAAAUGCAAACUUCCUCUGGAUUUUGCCAAGACCAAAGAGCUGACUGACAUGGAGGAGCGAGCCUCGAUGGAUGAGCUGCUGACAAACCUCAUCAAGGGGAAUUUGUUUCCCUCUGCUCAUAUCUGGAUCAUCUCUCAGCCUUCAGGAGUUGACAAGAUUCCUCCUGAAUAUAUCCAGAAAGUGACAGAAUGUCGAGUCAUCAAAGAGAAAGUCAUCCAACAGUUCAAGAAAGAAAUCCUCAGUCAGUAUGAAAACAAACUGCAGGGACUUGAAAUUGACACAGAACUCUUUGAGAUCCACGGAGCUAAAGACAAAAAACAUUCUUGGGAUGAACUGUUCCAAGAUUCAAAAGGAAAAAAGACACGAAAAGUGCUCACAAAAGGAGUCCCUGGUGUUGGUAAAACAUACCAAACAUGGUGGUACAUGGUGGACUGGGCAAACAGAAGAGUCAACCAAAACAUUGACUUUGUGGUACCACUUGAUCUCAGUGAGCUGAAUUCAAAAGCAUCCGAAAUUCACAACAUGAAAGAUCUGCUUCAUCGCUUCCUCAGUCCUCAAAUUAAACGAGGAACUUGCCACUACGAUCAGUGCAGAUUACUUUUUGUCCUUGAUGGUUUGGAAAAAUGGAAACUUGCUUUGGAUUUUGCCCAAAUCAAGGAGCUGACGGACACUGAGGAGCGAGCCUCGAUGGAUGAGCUGCUGACAAACCUCAUCAAGGGGAAUUUGCUUCCCUCUGCUCAUAUCUGGAUCAUCUCUCAGCCUUCAGGAGUUGAAAAGAUUCCCUCUGAAUAUAUCCAGAAAGUGACAGAAUGCAGAGGCAAAGUAAUCCAACAGACACUCAGCAACGACCUGAAGCUGAAAAUCCUUCAGCAUGAAAACAAACUGCAAGAACUAAAAAUUGACACAGAACUCUUUGAGAUUCAAGAAGCUAAAGACAAAGGAAAAAAAAUAAUGUCUCUGGAAGCAUUAUUUCCUGAUACAAAGAAAAAAAGGUCCCAAAGAGUGCUGAUGAAAGGAGUUCCUGGUGUUGGUAAAACAUACCAAACAUGGAGGCACAUGGUGGACUGGGCAAGAGGAAACACCAACAGGAACAUUGACUUCAUCGUAUCUGUCGACCUCAGUGAGCUGAAUUCAAAAGGAACCGAAAUGCUCAAAAUGAAAGAUCUGCUUCAUCAUUUCCUCAACCCUCAAAAUAAACGAGGAUCUUGCUACUAUGAUAAGUGUCAAUUACUUGUUGUCCUCGAUGGUUUGGAAAAAUGUGAACUUCCUCUUGAUUUUGCCCAGAACAAAGACCUGACUGACAUGGAGGAGCGAGCCUCGAUGGAUGUGCUGCUGACAAACCUCAUCAAGGGGAAUUUGCUUCCCUCUGCUCAUAUCUGGAUCAUCUCUCAGCCUUCAGGAGUUGCCAAGAUUCCCUCGGAAUAUAUCCAGAAAGUGACAGAAUGUCGAGAGACCUUGGAGAGACGGAAGCAGCUGAUAUCAACCCUCCGCAAAAGAUUCAGAGAAAAGAUUGGAAAUGGAGACAAAAAUAACCAGAAAAACACAGAACACAUUAUGAGAGAGGAGAAAAGUGACAAGAUCAGUGAUAAAAAGAAAAACCAACGUGCUGUGGCAACCUCAGUGACUCAGAUAACUACAGUAUCUGACAUCUUCAAAGAAACAGAAGGACAAACAAUCAGAACUGUGCUGACUGUUGGAGAGACUGGGAUUGGAAAAACAUUCCAUGUGGAGAGACUGUUGAAAGAGUGGGCUGACCACAAGUCACUUUAUACUCGGAUAGCAAAGUCUCUUUGGGGCUCAGAGAGAAAGAAAUCAGUUUGUUAG